CACUGCCCAGGCUCGGACACCUUCUCCACUGACUGCUCAGCUCUGGCCCGAGGAGGGACGCACACGGGCUUUCCACUGUUAAAAUAAAAAAAAUAAAAAAAAAUUAAAAAAAAGGCCAUGAAGACCGUCAGGUUUCUCCCUCUUGCUCUCCUGGUGACUCUCCAGCUCAUCCCAACAGUUGUUUCAGAUCAAACAAAUGAUGAAGCACCACUCAUAUCAGAGCCAAAGGAAGCAACGCCAAAUACCUUGCCACCAACUGGUGCAGUGUUGUUAUCACAGACCUCAGCACCCUCUGCCACCAGGUCACCCGCUGUCAACAAAGCCCCAGCCGAUGAAGGACGAUCUGAUACGCAAGAAAAAAUCCAAGAGCGCAGUACGUUGAACACGACUGUUAGAGCCCAGUUGGGAUCAACAACUCUAACAAACUUGGUCACACCAUCCCCAUCUCCACCCAAAGACAGUGGAACUCAGGCUCUCCCUGUAGACGUGGGUAAAAAUACCACAGAGACACCAGUCCCUACUAAGGAUGGACAUUCAGCAAAGAAUGAUAACUCCUCUGGACCCUCUAUGAAGAAUGAGAUGUCAGAUGGUACAGUGUUGCCAGCACAGACCUCAGCACCCUCUACCGCCAGGUCACCCGCUGUCACCAAAGCCCCAGCCGAUGAAAGACAAUCUGUAACAGGGCCUGUUGGGAGGAACAUGAAAACCCCAGAAGCUGAAAAAGGUGGAUCUUCUCGCCCCCCAGUGCAGCAGAACCAAGAUGAGUUGACUCAAGUGAAGGGCAAAGAUUCUCAGACCGGCUCUGAGGAGAAAACACCUCCCAAAUCAGAUAAACGGCUGCUGUGGGUCCUCUUGCCUGUCCUGUUUGUCAUGGUGGCAGCUAUCCUCUUCAUUCUCAAAUUCAAAUGCAUUAAGGUCCACAAUCACACAGAGACCAUUGAUAAUGGCACUGAAAAUGCCUCUUUCCAAAGCAGGCCUGAAGGCACCAGGGAUGGCGUCAUGCUUCUCAGUGUGAACUCAUCAGGUGGAGGAGAAAAUGAUUCUCCGAGAUAAAAAGAGAGCGGGACAAAUCUCACCGAGACGGACCAACGGGCAAGUCAGACCCCCCCCACCCCCUCAAACAGAUGGUCCUGAACAAGUGUUUAGUCUAUUUCUAUUUGUUUCCCCCUUCUAUUCCAACUUGAUAUGAGUCAAGCUCAAACCUUGACGCCAAUCAAGUGGUCGAGGUCAAAGCAGGCCUGUUGUGAAUGAGGAAAUGUUAUAAGUGGAUUUGUUCAUGAUUCUGUAUCCAGAAAAGGACGAAAAAUCUAACCAUCACAAUUCCACGUACACCAUCUAGAUUAUUCUUUGAAUGAACUGGGUUGACUGGGAUCUCAUUUUUAUACUAUUUUUAUACACAGAAUAGCAUAUUAGGGACCUCUGACAAGAAGGCUUUCUCUUGGAUGAUCCCUGCUGCGGAGGACACCACAGAUCAGAAUUAAAAUGCAUUAACUAUCUCACCAUAGGAGCGCUGAUCAUUUAUCUAUUAAGUCACUAGGAAAAUUAUGCAAUCUAAACUAGAGACUUUACCUCAGGGCUCUUAUUAAAAGUAAUGAUAGUAGUUAUGACGAUAGUCUUUCCCAUAUUGCAAAUAACUAAAUCACUGCCUGAGGACUGUCAAUUUUUUUAAUCAUUUUAUUAAACUUAAAUUAAUUGCCUGAUAAUGUUAAUGGCUAUCAUUACACUUCUUAGCAUCUCGAAAAAUUUCACAGCCCACUCAGCUCAACUCACAUAACCCAGUCUCAUGUAAUAAACCACUGCACACUAGUUUUCGUUUGAUAAUUAUCUUUUUGUAUUAGUUGCCCAACAUUUAUGUACCUUGCACUGUUUUAUACAUAGGGGGAAAAAAAGCUGUUAAAAGCAAUUUAUUUUGUCGUUGCUUUGAUAUGUGACGUCUUCUCUUGCUAAUGAAGGCAUUCUGUGGAAAUAGAUUUUUCUUUCCUUUAAGUGUUGCUUCUCUUUCCUUUCAAUACAUCCAAGUUAGCUGUUGUUUCUGGAAAGAAAAAAAAGACGUGGUGCAAUGUGUCCCCCUUUUGUCUAUCUACUGUAAACUCUUAACGAGCAAGACUGAACUCGGUGAAUAUUCACAUGGAGUCUUGAUGCAUGCACAAUAAUCCAGGUAAGGAAAUCACAGAAGGUUGAAUCAGUUCAUCUGGACACAGCAUUAUAUCACUCAUCUAAGUGCCAGGAGGAUUGCCAUGACGUCAAGCCAGGACUCCGCAGUCUACACCCAUCUACAGGCCAGUGGCCACACUUUCAGGGAUGAGGAUGCAUACAUCCUUGAUAAGGAGGAACACUGGUUUACGGGGAGUUAAAGAGGCCACCGAUGUUCAGAGGGAAUGACCAUCCUGGAACGGGGGGGGGGGGCUAAGAGUACAUCUGUCACCAUCUUACAAUGUUGUGAUUGCAACCAUUCCCAAAUCUUCUGUGAAUAAUACACAUGGCCGUUGAAACUCUAGUUAAUGCUCACAAUUUGCAUAUGAUACCAAUUGUUGGUUUCUGUCGUUAUGCCACUGUAUUGUUUAUAAGGGUGGGGAUACCUGCAGUCAGUUUAGACUCUAGAGGUCACUUAGAUGAGUGAUGAAACAUCUCUCUGUCAAUAUUUGGGUGGCCCAGUGGUUAGCGCUGUUGCCUCACAGCAAGAAGGUCCUGGGUUCGAACCCUGGGGUUGUCCAACCUUGGGAGUCAUCCCAGGUCAUCCUAUGUGUGGAGUUUGCAUGUUCUCCCCAUGUCUGCGGUGGGUUUUCUCCAUGUGCUCCGGUUUUCCCAACCAUCAAUAAGACACUCAUGUUAGGGUUAAUACUCUGUCUGUGUCACUGACCGAGGCAUGGCAAGACGGACUGGAGUUGGUCCCCGGGUGCUGCAGCUGUCCACUGCUCCUAGCUACACAGCUAGGAAGGGUUAAAUGCAGAGAAGAAUUUCUCCAUGGGGAUUAAUAUAGUAUAUCAAAAUCCAAAUCCAAACAAUAAUGUUUUGUCCAGAUGAACUGAUUCAACUUUCUGGGGGUCCAUAUGGAGAAUUAAGCUACUGAGUGCACUGACUGUGUUGUUUUCCCUGCUUUUUUUUUGUGUGACUUAGCAUUACAUUCAGUGUAUCUACAGAGUAUCCCAUUAGCAAAGGGAUGUAUGUUCUUAAGUAAAUGAAAUAAAUACUCAAGCUAUUUUUAGAUGAUUGUGUACAACACAUGACUGGAUUUGUUUUGCUGUCACCCACAAUUAAACUUCUCCUCGUA